ACUAAGUACAUCAGGAGCUGCUUUCUGUCUAUCCGGUGCGAUUCUAUCUGAGUGGACAUUUUUAUUGUUUUGAUUAGGAAAAUAUUCUGGGCAGCUCCAGCUAGAGGGUGCGUUAUCUAAGAUCUAAUCUUCCAUUGUAAGAGUCAUGGAUGAGCAGACAGGCUCACCUGGAGCCAAUGCUGACAACAACAGCCAGAGAAACGGAGAUGAGAAACCCCGACGUGGCAGCUGGACCAAGGGGAGGAAGAGGAAGAAGCCAAUGAAGGACAGCAACGCUCCCAAGGCCCCCCUGACGGGCUACGUUCGCUUCAUGAACGACAGACGGGAGCAGCUACGGGCAGAGCGUCCAGACGUGCCCUUUCCAGAGAUUACAAGGAUGCUGGGCAACGAGUGGAGCAAGCUGCCCCCCGAGGAGAAGCAGCGAUACUUGGACGAGGCAGAGCGCGAUAAGGAGCGCUACAUGCGAGAGCUGGAGAAGUACCAGAAGACGGAGGCCUACAAACAUUUCACCAGGAAGGUCCAGGAGAAGCAGAAGGGCAAGAGGCACAGGGGAGAUGUCGGACACCAGGUAGCCAACGAGGCCCUUCACGAGAAGGAUGCAGAAGGAAAGGACAGAACUGUGUUUGACAUACCGAUCUUCACAGAGGAGUUUCUAAACCACAGCAAAGCACGUGAAGCUGAGCUGCGGCAGCUGCGUAAGACAAACAUGGAGUAUGAGGAGCGUAACGCAGCCCUGCAGAAGCACGUGGAGAGCAUGCGCGGCGCUGUAGAGAGGCUGGAAGGGGACGUCAUGCAGGAGAGGGGACGCAACGGGCUCCUUCACCAACACCUGGAGACCCUGCGCCAGGCUCUCAGCUCUAGCUUCUCCACUAUACCCCUGCCAGGCAGUGGCGAGACACCCACUCUUGAAACCAUUGAUUCCUACAUGAAGAAGCUCCAUAGCAUCAUAGUCAGUAACCCUCAAGAACACGAGAAUCUCAUCAACACUGUGAGAGAGGUGGUCAACCGCUUGGACAGGUAA